AUGGAGGGUCAGGCGGCGCCGGGGGCUGGCGGCGGCGAGGAGCCCCUGAGCUCUGGCAGGAUGAACCCGAAGCGGAGUGGGCGCGCCGCGGAAGAGGAGAGCCGGAACAAGCCCAAGCUGAAUAUUCAAAUAAAAACUUUGGCAGAUGAUGUGCGUGACAGAAUAACAAGCUUCAGAAAAUCAGCUGUGAAAAAAGAGAAACCUCUCAUUCAGCAUCCUAUUGACUCUCAACCUUCUAUAAGUGAAAUCCCCCUUGCCCAGGCACUUGUUGACGAGCGUUGCAUGAACUUAUCAGAAAAAGAAGUUAUGGAUCUCUUUGAAAAAAUGAUGGAAGACAUGAAUCUAAAUGAAGAACGUAAAGCUCCUUUAAGAGAUAAAGACUUGACCACAAAACGUGAGAUGGUUGUCCAAUAUAUUUCUGCAACUGCCAAAUCUAUAGUCGGAAGUAAAGUUCCGGGUGGACUGAAAAACAGCAAGCAUGAAUGCACAUUGUCCUCGCAAGAAUAUAUUCAUGAAUUGCGAUCUGGAAUUUCAGAGGAAAAGCUUCUUAAUUGUCUAGAGUCUUUGAGAGUGUCUCUAACUAGCAAUCCAGUCAGCUGGGUUAACAAUUUUGGACAUGAAGGUCUUGGACUUCUGUUGGAUGUAUUGGAAAAGCUUCUGGACAAGAAACAGCAAGAAAGUAUUGAUAAGAAGAAUCAACACAAACUUAUCCAGUGCCUCAAAGCAUUUAUGAACAAUAAAUAUGGAUUGCAAAGGAUUCUAGGAGACGAAAGAAGUCUCUUGCUGUUAUCAAGAGCAAUUGAUCCAAAGCAACCACACAUGAUGACUGAAACAGUGAAAAUACUUUCUGCUAUCUGCAUUGUUGGAGAGGAAAAUAUUCUGGACAAGCUUUUAGGUGCUAUAACAACUGCUGCUGAAAGGCACAAUAGGGAACGUUUUUCUCAGAUUGUUGAAGGACUGGAAAACCAUGAAUUCUUACAGCUGCAGGUAGCGUGUAUGCAGCUCAUCAAUGCCCUUGUUACAUCUCCAGAAGAUCUUGAUUUCAGGAUACACUUGAGAAAUGAGUUUUUACGUUGUGGCCUGAAGAAAAUACUGCCUGGCUUGAAAGAUAAGGAUAAUGAAGAGCUUGAUAUUCAGCUGAAAGUGUUUGAUGAGAACAAAGAAGAAGACUUAAUUGAACUGUCACAUCGUCUCAAUGAUAUCAGAGCUGAAAUGGACGAUGUGAAUGAAGUAUUUCAUCUGCUGUAUAAUAUGUUGAAAGAUACUUCUUCUGAAAAUUACUUCUUGUCAAUUCUCCAACAUUUCCUUCUCAUCAGGAGUGAUUACUAUGUCCAACCUCAGUAUUACAAGAUAAUAGAAGAAUGCGUAUCACAGAUAGUAUUGCACUGCAGUGGCAUGGACCCGGAUUUUAAAUGUAGAGGAAGAAUGGACGUAGACUUUACUCACCUUAUUGAUGCCUGUGUGGACAAAGCUAAAGUAGAAGAGAGUGAAAAGAAAGCAGCAGAAUUUUCCAGAAAGUUUGAUGAAGAGUUCACAGCUCGACAAGAGGCACAAGCAGAGCUUCAGAAACAAGAAGAGAAAAUCAAAGAACUUGAAACAGAAAUCAAACAGCUACGAACCCAGGGUCCAGCCCUGACAGGUCAACUGACAGAAGUAGCACCAUUACCUCCAACCCUAUCAAGUGAGAAUGCGCCACCAUCUCCAGCACCUCCGCUACCUGGUGGAGCAAUACCUGCUCCUCCUCCACCGCCUCCGCUGCCUGGUGGAGCAAUACCUCCUCCUCCACCACUUCCGCUACCUGGUGGAGCAGCACCUCCUCCUCCACCGCCUCCAUUGCUGGGUGGAGCAAUACCUCCUCCUCCUCCGCCACCCCCUCCGCUACCUGGUGGAGCAAUACCUCCGCCGCCACCGCUGCCUGGUGGGGCAGCACCACCUCCUCCUCCGCCACCUCCUCCUCUGCCUGGUGGAGCAGUACCACCUCCACCUCCUCCUCUACCUGGUGGAGCAGUACCACCUCCACCUCCUCCUCUACCUGGUGGAGCAGCACCACCCCCACCACCUCCGCUACCUGGUGGAGCAGCACCUCCUCCUCCACCACCGCCUUUUGGUGGGCCUCCAAUGCCACCAGCUCUUGGAGGUGCUCCUUUUGCUCCCUUUCUGGUGAUACCAGCAUUACCACAUGGGAUGAAAGAGAAGAAGAAGUAUAAGCUGGAAGUCGCAAUGAAGAGAAUCAACUGGUCAAAGAUUGAGCCUCAAGAGAUAGCAGAAAACAGCUUUUGGGUAAAAGCUGAAGAGGAUAAAUUUGAAAACCCAGAACUGUUUGCAAAACUGGCGCUUACCUUUGGAACACAAAUGAAAGCUAAAAAGGCAGUAGAAGAAUCAGAAGAAAAGAAAACAGCUCAGUCUAAGAAAAGGAUUAAAGAACUAAGAGUUUUGGAUGGAAAAAGCGCACAAAACUUAUCAAUAUUUUUGGGUUCUUUCCGUUUGCCUUAUGAAGAAAUAAAAAAUAUAAUUUUAGAGGUUGAUGAAGAGAAACUGAGUGAAUCCUUGAUUCAGAAUCUAGUGAAGAAUCUUCCUGAGCAGAAAGAACUCAAUGCCUUAGCCGAAUUAAAGGAUGAAUAUAAUGAUCUUGCUGAGCCAGAACAAUUUGGAGUUGUGAUGAGUUCAGUGAAAAUGUUGCGGUCACGUCUCAAUGGGAUCCUUUUCAGGCUUAUGUUUGAAGAGCACGUAAACAAUAUCAAACCUGACAUUAUGGCGGUUACGCUGGCUUGCGAAGAGCUGAAGAAGAGUGAAAGCUUUAGUAAGCUUUUGGAGUUGGUGCUGUUUCUUGGAAACUACAUGAACUCUGGCUCCAGAAACGCACAGUCUCUUGGUUUUAACAUCAGUUUUCUUUGCAAGAUUCGGGAUACUAAAUCAUCAGAUCAGAAAACAACCCUACUGCAUUUUCUGGCAGAAAUCUGUGAGGAGAAUUACCGGGACAUCUUAAAAUUUCCAGAUGAAUUGCAGCAUGUUGAGAGUGCAAGUAAAGUUUCAGCCCAGACUCUGAAGAGCAACCUUGAUUCAAUGAACCAACAGAUCCAGCGCCUAGAAAAAGACAUUGAGAAUUUCCCUAAAACGCAAGAUGAACACGAUAAGUUUGUAGAAAAGAUGAGCAGCUUUGCUGAGAGUGCCCGAGAGCAAUAUGAAAAAUUGUCCAACAUGCACAACAACAUGACUAAGUUGUAUGAAAAUUUGGGAGAAUACUUCACCUUUGAUCCCAAAACAAUAAGCAUAGAAGAAUUCUUUGGCGAUCUGAGCAACUUCAGGACUCUAUUUUUGGAGGCGUUAAAAGAAAACAACAAAAGAAGAGAAAUGGAGGAGAAAACAAAGAGAGCCAAAUUGGCAAAAGAGAAGGCUGAACGAGAGAAACUUGAGCGACAGAAGAAGAAGCAGCAGUUGAUUGAUAUGAACAAAGAGGGUGAUGAGACAGGAGUGAUGGAUAGUCUGCUUGAGGCCUUGCAGUCAGGAGCAGCAUUCAGAGAUCGCAGGAAACGAACACCAAGAGGUCAAGAUAACAGACGAGUAACUUUGGAAAGGUCUCGUUCUCGCCACAAUGGAACAAUUGCAGCUGUAUGAUUCUUCUGAUGCCAAAGAAUUAGUGAAUUGUUUUAUUUACAAUUAAAUGGAUAUGCUUUGAAAAGAGUUUAUCAUACAAAUUGGCAAUGAUCAUAAAGGAAUACUGGUAUUGAUUAAAUGAGAAGGUGUAUAAAUAUUAUGUAUUUUAAAAGCUAUUGCUAAAUAAUCCACAUACUGUAUCUUAUUACCCCAACUACCAAGAUCUGUAAACAGUGUUAAACAGUAGGAUAUAUAUCUUAUUUUCUUAUGUUCUUUCUUUUUUUUUACCUUUUUUUUUCUUUUUUUAAGCUGGCAACUUACAUGAAAGGAGUUGGGGAUUUCUAGGUUAUGUUUUAUAUGGGUAAGAAAAUACAAAUUUGUUGAAAGAAUACAGCUGUGGAUUCCAUUUGCAGUUCUGAUUUGGACAUGAAAGGAAAAAAUAAUAAAAUUGUAUGUUAAUAAAUUCAGAGAUGAGCUGGUCUACAUUAUCAGAAUCUUUUUUGUAACCAUAAAAAAGCAACGCAUAGCCCCAGUCAGGUUGCUGAAAAUCUUAUCUCAAUGUAAAGCCUAGUGGAUUCAGCUAUUUUGGCUGCAAGUAGGAUAUACCACAUAUCUACACUUUUGGUGAUAUGAGGAUGUAUAGUUACUUAUCACUGCUGAAAAAAAAAAAUUAAAUAAAACAGAGCAUAGGAUUUUACCAAAAUUAAAUUAUAUCAAGGGCAGGAUAUGUUUUUAACUGUAUCUAAGGAGGGAUUUUUCUAAUUAUGCACUUAUAUAUUCUUUAUAAAGAUAUUUGGGGGAAAAUAUGAUUGUCCUAUUUUAAUUAUGCUAAAAAUACCUUUGUGUAGGUUUUUAGAGACAAGGUACAUUAUGAAGUUAUUCAGCACUGCCUCUGAGUUUUUCCUCUGUUUCUCAGGUAAAAUAUGUAGCGGGAUCUCUACUGGUGGAUUUUAAUGCUGAGGGUUUAGCAGCUAAGAACAAAUUUUCUACCUGGAGCACUAUAUAGCAGUGAUCAAUGAUUGCAGCAGUCUGAUUUUUCGGGAAGCUCCUCCCAUUCUACUUUGCAUACAUGCCCCUUGCACUGCAGUACCUCAGGUGAGCAGUCAGUUUAGUAGCUGACACUGACUGUGUAUGUUCUGCCACUCAAUGGGAAACUAUAGUUCCCAUCUCUCCCCAGACUCUAGUUGAAUGUACAGUCUGUUUGGUGUUCAGGUCAGUCUUCACCAUCCUUUUUACUAAAGGUUCAUUGCUUAUCUGGAUGGGAUGGAGGAUUUUCAGUGGGAGUUCCGGUGGAACUACUCAUAUGUUGCUCAGCUAUGAUAUUUAAAAAACCGGAUACUAUGUAGUAGAUGGCACUUGUUCUCAAAUUAUUAUUGCUUUUCACUGAUUGAUGAAUUAUUAUGAAUGCUUUUAUUGCCUGGUGUUAUGGGGAACUUUUUUUUUUUAAAUGUUAUAUAAAGAAUAUUUGGAAGGUAAGGUGUCACAUCGCUUUCUGUGCACAAACUGCUAGCUCUAGAGGAGCGUUUGAUACUGGGGCAGUGUAACUUUGCACUACUGCUUGAGCCAAGCAUCUUUGUACGGUAGAUCCUUUUUGCUUCUCUGGUAAGAUGCUCUUAAGACUAUCUGACUCGUUUGGGAUAAAUUCUCCCAAUUUCAAACUACAGUGAUCAAUAUCCAAUUAUUGUAAGAAAAGAUACAGCUCUUUUUCAAUCUAGUAUUGAAAUAAUUUUUUUUAAAAAUUGUCUUCAAAGGAAAGGGGGUUUGCCCAUUGCUAUAUCUCUAAACAUAGGAAUACGACUGAAGCCUAGUGAAAUGUGUGCUCUCAACUAAUACUCUUUCCUAAACUGUUUUGGAGGUUUUUGUGAUUUUAGUAACAAACGAAAGAGUUGUAUGGUACUUCAGGAAAAACAAAUGCAUGCAGCAGGACUCUCUCUCCCUGUUUAUCAGUAAGAGAUAUGAAGAAUUAUAUCCUGUGUCAUGUAAGGUCAACAUCAACCUUGUAUUGAAGCAUAACUUUUUAAAAUGAAACAGUUAUAAAAACGUGCUUAAUGUACAAAGCCAGUUUAAAAGGAUUAGGUUCAUAAUGUCUAUAUAAAUUUAUACUACAAUCCACAGUGUAUUAGAAUUCAAAUUUUAAAAUGAGCAUUUUGCUGGGAUUUACAAGUAUUGGUAUAAUCUUUAUAUGUGAAAACUCAAAAGCUCACAACAGAAUCUUUAUACUGUAGCAGUAAUUAUUAGUGCACGAGUUUUUAUUUCCACGGGUUGUAUUUUUUUUUAAAGCUCUGUGAAAGCUGACUACAGAUUUUCAAGAACCAAAUCUUAGGGAAAAAAAAAAGCAAAUCCAAAAUAACAACAUCAUCUGAUGCUUCUAUUUUACUACUAUUUUUUUCAUAUUUGAAACAUUUAUAUAAUUUAAUGGACAUAUCUGUUAGAACAAAAGUGUCUUUCAAAGGAAAACUAGUUUAGAAGAUAAUUUAUGUAAAUAUAGGGUGCUCGUAUUUAUGAAGUCUAAAAUAUUUUCUGAAAUCGAUGCUGGUCACUUUGUCUUUUGAUAGUUUUUUCAGUCUAUAUUAAAUUGCAGAUAUUUUUAAUGUUUUUAUUAUUGAUCUAAUUUUCAGAGGUGUCACAUGUUUAUCUAGAAGUGUAGAAGAGUAGCACCUUUUUCAGAAAUGCACUUGCCUUAUUUUCUAAUUUUAAAAAAUGAAAUAUAUCAGUUAAAUUAUAUUUGUAUUCAAAGUAAUCCCAGAAAGAAAAUCACUGGAGGGUUCAUACAUAAAUUUCUUGCUAAUUAUCUUUCACUAUAUGUCCUCUGAGACAUUACGUUAACAAUAUACCAGCACAUCUGUUUGCAUUCACAUUUUACCAGUUACAAGUACUGAAAAGAUUUUUUUUUUUAUGACUUUACACUGUUUACAUUUCUUAGUUUAUUUAAGAGGAAUAUAACCUUACCUUUGCAAUGAAUUGAACUAAAUUUGCAAUUGACAUGGGAAUGAAAUGGUUAAAUCAUACACAAAUAUACAUCUCUGUUGCUUAACUACUGGCUGUACAGAUUAAAAAUGUAAAGACACUAGACAAUUUUUGCUCAAGUUUUAUGCAGUUUACUGAGAAAAAAAGUGCAACACAGUUUGUCAUGUAUGUUUGUUUGUGAUUCAACAAAUAUCCUUUCCCAGCACAUAAGUGAUGUUUGGUUUAAGUGUUAAUCAUAUUAUGAACUGAUGCUAAAGCCAAAACAAAAUUAGUGCCUCAGAGGGCAUUGACAAACAGCUUCAGGAAGUAUUCCCAGAAAUACUGUUACAUAAUUUGUUCUGGUUUCAGACAACCGUGGUCAAUAUGAAAAAUGGUAUCUAAAAUUAUCUGUUCUUACCUGAAAGUACAGAUACAAAUGCAAGCGUUCCCAUCAUUCCCUUCUGUAAUAUACAAAUAGUUAUGAAUAUCUGUAUAUUUUUGCAUUUUUGUGUGUGGUAUAUGUACUACCUCAGACAAAUGCUGUAAAAAACAUAAUGUUUUCAUGGUUUCUAUCCAAACCACAAUUCAUCAGUGACCUACUUUAAACUCAUCCCACAGUAUACAAAUGGUUUGCAAAACUCUUGAGAAUCUGGCUGAGUUUUAGGUUUGGCUCUGGAAAUCCUCCUAUAGCUUUCAUUAAGAAAACUUUGCAACGUUCGGCUUUUGCAUCCCUCAGGCAAAUCCUGCUGUGAUGGGUGAAUUCAGUACUUCCUAUAUUGAGAAUGAUAUAGCUAGUAAAUAUUUAAAGCUGGUAAUAGUUAUGUGGGAGCAAACUUACCUAUAUAUGUAAAUUGCUUCUUAGCCAUUAAACAAAAGCUUGGCUGAAUUAUACUUUAAUGUUUGCCUUCAAAUUGCUGAGAGGUGUCAGGCAUAACAAAAGCUAAGUGAUAAAGCAAUGUAAAGCCCACCUCUUAUGUGCCAUACUGUAUUUGCAAGUUAUUCAUUUUAAAAUAAGUAUUGUAAGAAAUCUCUACAUCUCUUCUUCUGCAGUAUCUACACACAUGCCCACGCAUGCACACAAAAUGUAAAUAAAUAAAAAAAUCAAAACAGAUCAAGCCAAAUCUCUCAGCUUCAGGUGUCUCUAUUUCAGAUCACAUACUGCUUUUGUGUAAGCCUGUGAAUUCUGCGGUCCUGCAAGCUGUCACUCAGCACCCACUGAUGUCAUUAGAAGAAUGUUAAAGGAGAAAGAUUUGUACCUGUAGUGCUUCUUUUAGCACUGUUUGAGGUGAUACAUAUGCCACUGAAUGCGAAUAAUAAUCUAUUCCAGCUUAGUCAGUCUGCUGUCGUGCACCAUUUGAUUUCUCCUUUGGAAGUCAUAUGACUCCUGAUGCCAAAAAAAAAAAAAAAGGUGACAAAACUCAUGCAUUUCUAUUUUUUAAACAGCUCUGUGUUUGUAUGUAAUGUUUAAAAUAGGAAUUUGAUGAAAUCACAGCCUGGCCAUUGUUAAUCCAUGUAUUCUGAAAACUGUAAUAAAGAUAUACAUAACAAGAUUUUGCUAGGUGC